GUGCGCAAGUCGCUCCCAUUCUCACCCAACCUGGAACUGGUGGGUCCGAGCGUCCAGCACGUCUUGACGGCGGCCCUUAAGAGCAGCCCUUACUAAUCGCUGGUGGAAUGCUCGAUCUGUGCGCCUGCUCCGGGCUGAUUGACUGCGGCUCCGAGACACGUGCUCUCUCUGCUCCGCGGGCUGGAGAGAGAGAGCUCGCAGCCGGGGCCAGCCUCCUGUCCUGCACCCCGCGUCAGUGUUCAGUUGGGUACAGACAGACACACACACAGCCCCGGCCCAGCCUCGCCCUCUCCGACCCAAUGGCCCAGCUCCAGGCUCGGUUCUUCACCGACAACCACAAGUAUGUAGUAGAUGAUGUUCCAUUCUCUAUCCCAGCAACCUCUGAAAUUGCUGACCUCAGUAACAUCAUCAAUAAAUUGCUGGAAGCUAAACAUGAGGACCACAAAUAUGUGGAGUUUGAUUUCCUUGUCAAGGGCCAGUUCUUGCGUAUGUCGCUGGUCAAACACAUGGAUGCGGAAAACAUCUCAACAGAGGAAGUGGUGGAAAUAGAAUAUGUGGAGAAGUACACAGCACCUCAACCCGAAGAAUGCAUGUUCCAUGACGACUGGAUCAGUUGUGUUGAAGCUACGGAAGAAUGGAUUUUGACGGGCUCUUACGAUCAGACUUCUCGAAUCUGGUCUUUAGAAGGAAAAUCCAUCAUGACAAUUGCUGGGCACACAGAGGUGGUGAAAGAUGUGACAUGGGUGAAAAAAGAUAGUUUGUCAUGCCUGCUACUCAGUGCCUCUCUGGAUCAGACUAUCCUGCUGUGGGAGUGGAAUGUAGAGAGGAACAAAGUGAAAGCCCUUCACUGCUGUAGAGGACAUGCUGGAAGUGUGGACUCUAUAGCAGUUGACUGCACAAGAACUAAAUUCUGCAGUGGAUCUUGGGAUAAGAUGUUAAAGAUCUGGUCUGCAGUGCCUACAGAUGAAGAGGAUGAAAUAGAGGAAGCAGCAAACAGACCAAGGAAGAAGCAGAAAAUUGAACAGCUUGGACUAACCAGGACUCCCAUUGCAACUCUUUCUGGCCAUACUGAAGCCAUCUCCUCUGUGCUGUGGUCGGAUGCUGAAGAAAUUUGUAGUGCAUCAUGGGAUCACACAAUUAAAAUAUGGGAUGUGGAAACAGGAGGUCUCAAAUCAACUUUAACCGGAAACAAAGUGUUUAAUUCGAUCUCCUACUCACAACUGUGUCGACGUCUAGCAUCUGGGAGUACUGACAGACACAUUAGAUUAUGGGAUCCCCGCACUAAAGAUGGUUCCUUGGUACUCCUCUCUUUGACCUCUCACACUGGCUGGGUGACAUCUGUGAAGUGGUCCCCCACACAUGAGCAACAGCUAAUCUCAGGUUCUCUAGACAACAUUGUCAAGAUUUGGGACACAAGGAGUUGCAAGGCUCCUCUCUAUGAUUUGGCUGCUCAUGAAGACAAGGUUUUGUGUGUGGAAUGGACAGAAGCAGGGUUGCUGUUGAGUGGAGGGGCAGACAACAAGCUGUACGCCUAUAGAUAUUCAGCAACAACCUCUGAUGUUGGAGCAUGAAAAUGAAUGGCAAGAAGUAGCCCUAACCUGUUGAAGUUUCUAGAUAACCUACAGUCCAGCAUCUGAAGAAAACUGCCUCCUAGAAAAACUGUCUACUUCUAUUUUGUAGCGGAGAGCAGCCAUUUCUGGUUUUUGUAUUAUAGUAACAUGUAUAUGUAUUUAUAACAGAAAGACAGAACCACCAAGGAACCUCACCCUUAUCUGGUCUGAUAUUGAAAUCAAACAUUUGUCCCCUUUUCUCUCAUAAGGACUAUAUAAAGAACAUUGGAGUUUAUUAAAAGUAAAGUGUUACUGAGAUUGCUAGACAAAUUACUCACUAGACUAAAUUAUUUUGUAUUCAUUCUCUUUUUUUAUAAAGCUUUUAUCUAAAGUUCAGUAUAUUAUGGUCUGAACUCAAGUAGGUACUUGAGUUCCACAAUUUCCAGUUGCUUCAGUGGGGGCUGGUUGUGCUUAUUAGCUCAAGAUUCACCCCUCACCCCUGAACAAUGUCUGAUCCUGCUUCCACUGAAAUAAAUGGAAUUAGGAUAAGGUCCUUAAUAGGGUUGUGAUGCAAAUUAUGUCACCCUUAUAGUUUCAAGGUGCUCUCUAUUGAUUUUAUUGGCAAAUGGAAUACUUUGGUUCCUGUCAUUCAUAAGUUAAGGUGGUGUAAAUGUACAUUUUAAAAAAAAUUACUGGCUGCUACUGGAAAAAAAUAGUCAAUUCAUUAGCCAGAUUAACAUACUAUACAGUAAUACAUUAAUGGAAUAUCCAACUACUAGGGAAACCCUUGUUGUGCAGUAUAGGGUGCCCAGUCCAAACUGAAGCUCUAAGUACCAGUUAGCAAAAGGACUGCAGAAAAGCAACGUUUUAUCAGAUCCAUUUAUUGUAAGUGUCUGUUCUUAACUGGAUGCCCCAAGGAGUUCUGUAUAUGAUUUUUUUUUUCCUCUUACCCUCCCCCACAUGAAAUUAGUAAAUCAUCUUAAUCUGG